UGCACAAGACAGAAGCGCCGGCAUGCCUGCCUCGCGCGCAGCAGUGGUCUCCCUCUUCUCGCUGUUCGCCAUGGCCCUCCUGCUCUGGCCGGUAUCAGCUGAGCCGCCGCGGCUUAGUCCUGCACCCGGUGGCAUCGACGAAUGGCUCGGCGAGACGGUGACGGCCCUGCAGGCGACAGCACCCGGAGCCGGAGGGACAGAAGGCGGUGCCCCCGCUGCGGAUGGAAUCGCGCCGGCGCCGGCGCCGGGGAGGCCACGGCGGUUCAGGCUUCCUUCCCACCCUUUCGCGCUCAGCCCCGAGGCGAGGCGGGAGCUGGAGCACGAGACUCGGUGCGGCCCGCGCAUCCCAGUGCGUCGGGGGGGCUCCCCGUGGCCGGAGAGGAAGCCGCGCUGCCGUAGCGGUGACGAUGGCGAUGCCGGCGACGAGAGCGCGACCGGCACGGUGGGUGCCCCGACGUCGGCGUGGCUGCCCUAGAAGGCCAACGAGACGUAGCAGCGGCGCGGCUACAUAGUAGUUCCAUUGUACGGGCCAAUCAUGUACCGCGGAUUCUGCACA